AUGUUUCAGCCUUCUCAAGCCCUGCUUAAAACCCCAACUGGUAGUGAUAGAUUGAGUGCCCUUUUAGAUGACAUUCUGCGUCACAUUUUGUUAUUCCUUGCAACAAAAGAUGUUGCAGCCACCUCCAUUCUGUCCACAAGGCGGAGAAAUCUUUUUAUUUCAGUUCCUGAUGUCGAUCUUGAUGUUGGUACGCUCCAAUUAACUGAGGCAACUGAUCAGAAUGACAUUGAAUGGUUAAUUUUUGCUGCAAUUUCACUUGUUGUCCAAGAACUUGAGAUUUUGAUGGCAAUUGAUCAGAAUGUACUCUAUCUAUUUCUUCCUAGAGUAUUUACAUGCAAAAAAAUUGUUACGUUGAAACUGAAUGCGGAGGUGGUUAUGAUUGUCCCGGAUUCAGUGUCUUUGCUGAGGCUUAGAGUGCUUCGCUUGCAAGCCUUCGGAUUGGUAGGAGUUUCUGUUCGUAGGCUUAUUCAGGGUUGUCCUUUGCUUGAAGAAUUAGUUUAUAGAGAUCAUGAGAUGAUUAUGGAUUCUCCCAUUCUUAAAUAUUUCAACUACAGAGGCCUUGGGUUCAAAGUAAAGGUCAUGCAAUACCUCAUGUUUCUUGCUAGAGCUGCAGUAGAAGUUAAGUUUCUUCAUGGUGGAAGAAAUGGAAGCAACUUGCUUUCCCGUAGACAUCAUGCUUUUGAGUUUGUUCGUGAGUUGCAAAAUGUGAAAUCACGUAAUAUAUCUCACUUGAGUCUGAAGUGUAGCAAGUCUCGUCAAGCUUACCUGAAAAAGCCCCUAAUCAUGAAGUGCUAA